AUGCAAUUUUUUAUUUGGACCAUACUGGUCGUAGCUAUGAUCAUUGGUCGAAGACUUGUAUACUGUAAACUAAACACUUCAUUAUGCGAAGUUGGUGUUCUGCUCCCGAAAUUUGGUACUUCAUACAAAAGUUACUUAGAUUGCAUAGGAUUCAAGGACCUAAGGUCGACUUUAGUAAAUGGAACUAACUCAGACAACGAUAUCCAGAAUUUUUGUGGUAAAACUCCGAAAAUAUGCUCCAAGACAAUGUUGGCGGAUGCGCCUGCUUGUCCUCCGUAUAUCAACUUUGUCAAUCAUAUGACUAACACCAUCGAAAAAGUCCACGACUAUUUCUGCUUUGAUGGCGGUGCUACAUUAAAAAUCUAUCUGAAAGAAGGUGGUCCAAACUGCAUCAAGGAUAAGGAAAAUGAGACCUCAAUCUGCAUGGCCUCAAACAACAAGCAGGAUCCAAGCUCGAAUUAUCAUCAGGUAAUUUUUUCAUUAAAAGAUGUGAACUGCGUAAUACAGAAGCUGAAGACUUGCAAUAAGCCGGAACUAACGAAGAUAUUUGAGACAGUCGAAGGGAUCACCCAUCAUAGUCUCUUCAAUCCAGUGACGACGCCGACGGUGAACAACCCUAACGCAGCGAAUGGAAUUACAUUAACGUCAGGAAUCGUAUUAGUUACGAGUACAUUAAUCACAUUACUCACAUGA